CUGUAGAGUAUUGUUUCCCUACUGCUGCCGUUUCCCUCCAUUUACAAAUCAAUAUCUGAUAUGUUCAAGACCACCUCAGAAACUCGAAAUUUACAUACUCAAGCUGAAAAAACUCAAACUGUCUAUAUCACAGGAAAAUUGGUGAAUUUAUAAAGCAUCUAGUAAGGUUUAAGGAAUCCAGCAGUCUUGAAUCAGUUUUAUUAUCACUGUUUAAAAAUACUGUCCGCAAUUAAAUGUUUUGGCCUAUUUGUAUUAAUUUUUAGUCAUUUUCUGUGCGAAGGCUAAAUAUCUAAUUUAUAACUCAGGCAUUCAAUGCACCAUACGGCUUGACCCAAUUUUCCACAUGCGCCACUGGAACGUUCCGAGCAUGCGUCAAGCUAAAGCGAGUACACUAGAACCUAAAGGAGGUUUCGUGUGUUCCCGCUAAAAUGAGAUGAAACGUAGAACUCUCACACGCGCUGGAUAAUCUCAAGACGAAAUAAGUGCAUAUACGUGGAUGAAUUAUAGAGUGCAUGGCCUGAAUGUAAAGUGUGCGAACCUCUGGGCGGAAUAAGCCAUGUUUCUACUUCCGCUAUACCCACGUAACCACAACUUUAUUUUGAAAGCCGUUCCCGGAAAUGACGAGUAUCUAUUGUGGCUAGCUUCACUCCGGUUCCGCGUGUUGAUGCUGAACAGAGGACGAGAGAGAAAACAAGCUUUCCAUAACGUAAAGAACCAAAGCCAGGAAAAACCGGAGGAAAAUGGACAUGAAGAAGAGGGUCUCCUUAGAGUUGAGGCACCGGUCGCCCUCGGAGGUCCAGGAGCUGGUCCUGGAUAACUGUCGCUCGAGCGAAGGAAAGAUCGAGGGAAUCACAGAAGAGUUCUCGAAUCUGGAACUGCUCAGCCUCAUCAACGUCGGCCUGACCAGCGUCGCAGACAUCCCAAAGCUGGCCAAACUCAAAAAGUUGGAGCUCAGUGACAACAGGAUAUCAGGUGGUCUGGAGGUCCUGGCAGAGCGGCUGGUGAACCUAACGCACCUUAACCUCAGUGGGAACAAGUUCAAAGACAUCAGCACCCUGGAGCCGCUGAAAAAGCUGCCCCAGCUGAAGAGUCUCGACCUGUUUAACUGCGAGGUGACAAACCUGGCCGACUACAGGGAGUCCAUCUUCAAGCUGCUCCCCCAGCUCACCUACCUGGACGGCUACGACAUCGACGACUGCGAGGCCUCCGACUCCGAGGGCGAGGGAGACGGCGUCGACGAUGAGGACGAAGAAGAGGGCGAGUCAGAGGACUUUGAGGAAGAGGAAGAGGAGGAUGAAGAAGACGUAGUGGCUGAGGAGGACGACGAAGACGACGACAGCGGUGAUGAGGAUGGAGAGGUGAACGGAGAUGUGGACAGCGAGGAAGAAGACGAUGAUGAAGAUGAGGAGGAGGAUGAUGAGGACUCGUCUCCAGCCAAAGGAGAAAAGAGGAAGAGGGACCCCGAGGACGAGGAUGAUGAUGACGAUGAUGAAUGAGGGCCUGCAGAGACCCCUCCCUGACCCCCGCAAACCCUGCUGACCUCUUAUCCACUCAGUCUAAAUGUCUCAUCCCUGCUGCCAAUUCUUCCCCCUCUGCCUCCUCCCACUUUCACUCUGGGCCACGUCCCAUUUCUGACUCUGGUCUCCUCGCUUGUCGCCUGCCAAAUUGACAUCCGUUAUUGUCUAAAACGCCUCAUUAAUUAUUUGUUUUGCUUUUUUUUUUUACUUUCAUUUCCACAAGUUGAGCCAAAUUUUUUUUCCCAUUGUCAUCAACAACUUACAGCCUCCAUUUAGUCCUCUGUUUUUGCCGCAGUCUUAUUCUUUUGGUUUAAUGGCAGCACGUUUAUUUUUUGUGAACUCAGGAAAGAAGAAAACACUUUAACAGAAAAGUAUCUGUUUUCUCGUCCCACCAUCAACUGUAUAAAAGAGUUUGUUUAGCUAUUAAAAUAAGAAGCUGCAGAGAGAUUCUCACAUUUUUAGAAGCUGGAACCAGAGGAUGUUUCGCCUUCUUUGGAAACCUGCAAAUCUUCCAUCAGAAUAUACAGCUAGACAGUUUUUUAUUUGUUUGUUUCAUCACAGUUUACAUUUAAAAUGGGGGGGGGGGGAACAACCUAAACUUGUGCUAACAGGAAAGAAACCAUCUGAACUCUAAAUUCCAACUCUUGUUUGUGGGCAGUAAAUGCAUCACCAGUCUGGAAAAGCUCAAAAAAACAAAACGUUGCAGACUUUACGUCAGUUUUCCUCUUCCUCCU